AGAACAAGGAGCCCCCAGCAGUGUCUGGCUGUAACACGACGCUUCAGGAGUUGCCAUCAUCACAUGGCAGAUGGAAAUUUCCACUCAGUCUCCUUGCUUGUUAAAUGGGAAGGGUCUCCAACUCUUGUCUCCACUAGUUCUCCGCCUGCUACAGCUGUCCGCCACCCUCAAAGAUUAGGUCUUUUCUUAUAGGUAACAAGGUCUAGCAGCGGUUGAGGAAGAAGCACAUCACCGCCUUGUGAAAUCUAAAACUGAAAUCCUACCGAACUUCUCCACCUCUUGCCCUUGCACCACUAUGCCGGGAGCUGUGGAUCGUAUGGAGCUUAGCAAAGUCUCCACAGAGGCUGAUGAUGACAGCAACGAUAGCCUGGAUGACCACUACACAGAGCCCAUCGACUCUGAGAAGGCCACCAUCGACAGUAGUCAGUUCCUGGAUGACAAUGAUGACGGAGAAAGCCAUAAGUUCCUGUCAAAUGGGAUGAUGAAGAAGAAGAAAUAUGAGGAAUACCAUGAAGAAUAUGUAAGAGGACUUACAAGUGACAGUGCUUAUCAUCCCGGCCACACCUCCUUCGGGAUGUCUGUCUUCAACUUGAGCAACGCUAUAAUGGGCAGCGGCAUCUUGGGCCUAUCCUUCGCCAUGGCAAACACUGGCAUUGUGCUCUUUACAAUCCUCCUCAUCGCUGUGGCCAUCCUCUCCCUGUAUUCUGUCCAUCUGCUCCUUGUGACAGCUAAAGAAGGAGGAUCCCUGAUCUACGAAAAGCUGGGAGAGAGAGCAUUUGGUUGGCCUGGGAAAAUGGCAGCAUUCGGAUCGAUUACUAUGCAGAAUAUAGGAGCCAUGUCCAGCUACCUUUUUAUUGUGAAGUAUGAGAUGCCUGAAGUGAUCCGGGCCUUCUUGGGUUUAGAAGAAAUCUCUGGAGAGUGGUACCUGAACGGGAACUACCUGGUGGUGUUUGUGUCGAUCGGAAUCAUCCUACCUUUGUCUCUCCUUAAAAAUCUCGGCUACCUGGGCUACACCAGCGGUUUUUCCCUUUCCUGCAUGGUCUUCUUCUUGGGUGUGGUGAUCUACAAGAAGACCCAGCUGCCCUGCCCUCUUCCUUUCUUUUACGGUCACUCUUCCAACCUCAGCAUGAAUGCUUCAGACAUGCCGGGGCUGUACCCGCCACAAAACAGCUCAGCGCACAUGGACUUCUCCCGGGCCGACGUUUCCCCGGCAGUCCUCGGCAGCCAUGAUGCUCACCAUUCCAGCGGUGUCCACUUCGCGCCUCACCCUGACGAUGAGGAGAUGUGCACGCCCAAAUACUUCAUCUUCAACUCCCAGACGGCGUACACUGUGCCCAUCCUGGCUUUUGCUUUUGUCUGCCAUCCUGAAGUCCUGCCUAUCUACAGUGAGCUGAAAGAUCGCAGCCCGAAAAAGAUGCAGAACGUCUCCAACCUGUCCAUCUUUACUAUGCUCAUAAUGUAUAUGCUGUCGGCACUGUUCGGCUACCUCACCUUUUAUGACAAUGUGGAAGCAGAGUUGCUCCACACCUUCACCAAGGUCUAUAAGUUUGACACCAUGUUGCUGCUGGUGCGUUUGGCUGUUCUCACUGCCGUCACGCUGACUGUCCCCAUCGUGCUGUUCCCUAUCCGCUCCUCCAUCACCACACUACUGUUUAGCGGCCGAGAGUUCAGCUGGACUCGCCACAUGCUGAUUGCCGCUGCCAUCCUGGCCUUUAACAACAUGUUGGUCAUCUUCGUCCCCACCAUCAGAGACAUCUUUGGCUUCAUCGGUUCCUCUGCAGCCACUAUGCUCAUCUUUAUCCUACCUGCUGCCUUCUACCUCCGCCUGGUAAAAUCAGUGCCGUUUCGCUCCCCACAGAAAAUCGGGGCGACCGUCUUCUUAGUCGUGGGAAUCAUCUUCAUGAUUGGCAGCUUGUCACUCAUCGUUCUCGACUGGGUCCACAACCCCACAGGCUCCAGCGGUGGUCACUAAGCCCCCUCUUCCUUCCUCAGACUGGCACAAUGCAACAAACUUCCACCCCUACCAUGUCUCUUCUGGUUGGCCUCGGCUGGCCGAACAUUUGGGAACACAUCAGCGAUUCUCUUCCCUUCAGCAAAUCACAAACGUUGAUCAUAGAACCUCAACGCAAAACAACUUCCACUGUUUUCCCCAGAGAAUAUCAGUGUAGGGAGACUUUUUUGCUGUUUCUGUUUCAGUUUUUUGAGAAUUACAACCCGGAGAGGGGGGAACAGACUUUGGUUUAACAAGCCACCAAGACAGCCUGAAAUCUUCAUCAUUAUUAUUUCCAGCUAUGAAGAGACAGCACAGACACACACAAUGCAGCCCUCACAUGAAGCAGAUCUGUGAACUGAUAUUUGCAGGGCUGGAAAGAUGUUGCGAGUCCCUCAGUCCCCUGUGCACUUGAAGGAGACAUUUGGAGGUGGAGUGCAUCGUCCUCCAUGAAACAAGGAGCACUUCUAGCAUUACGUUUCACUUUGUGUGUAGCGCGAACACACACACAUAUACACACACAUAUACACACAUAUAUAGACAUAGUAAAACACAUCUAAACCUGUAUUUCGUUUAUCGAUGAAAAAUUCCUCAGUCGGCUCAUCUCAGUUAAUCAAUACUGUAAUUCAAUAAUGAAGUAGUAAUAGUGUGCUCUGCUACGUUAACAAUCAGAAGCUUUGCGAAAGUGUACGUGCACAGACAGUUCAUGCUAGAGCCUCCCAGCUCUAAACAAUCAAGGAUUUUUCAUCCUGUCUGUGUACACAAACCAAGGCGAUGCUUUCGGUAUUACUGUCACAGAGGGAUCUGAACAUGCAAGGCAUCGAUGUACAUAAUUAAGUGUGUCUACUGAAAAAAAACAUAAUGUACAUAUUAUCUUCAGGUUAUAUGAAGUUCAAAUCAUUUCCAACACACAAUAGAAACACAUGCUGGAAUAAUUUAUUAGGCAUUUGAUGUAGGGCUUGACAGCUAGGUAUAUAAAACCAUAGGUUGUUAUUUUUAUACAUAAUACAAAAAAACAUUUUUAAAAAUGCAGUUGAGUAAAAUACAAUUGGACAAUUCAAAAAUGAAUUCAAUUAAACCAGUGGAGUGAAACGUGAAUUAGUUUAUGUAAAAUAUGUAUGUAAAUUAAAAAAAUAAAAUAAAAUAUUUUCAACUCUCGCCAAACAAUCUAAAUCACUGAAAACCCAAAAUCUCUCCAAAAUGCCAUUCAAAUGUAACGUAGGAACGUGAUUAUGAUCUUUUCAACUUAAAGGAUUAGAUUUUGGGAAAUGAGCUUAUUCGUUUUCUUGUCUGGCGUGAGGUAGGAUAGAUUGAUACUACUGUCAUGUCUGCACGUCAAAUAUGAAGCUAAUGCUACAGCAGCCGAUUAGCUUGGCGUAACUAGCCUGGAAGUUUAGGACAAGAGCAAGCUAACUUCCUGAAAACCACAACUUUUAACUUUUCAGUUUUUAUAAAUUAAAAUAGUGAGAUAUAAUGUUUCAGUUACUAAGCUUUAGAGGUGCUGGUUGAUGGCUAGCUGUGUUCCCCUGCUUCCAGUCUUUAUGCUAGGAUCCAGGCACUAGCUUCAUGUUAGGCAUACAGACAGGAGUGGUAUCAGUGUUCUCAUCUAAAUCUACACAACAAAUUGAAUAAGCUUUUUCCCGCAAAGUGUAAAGGCAUUAAUUUGAAGAAGCUAGAUGGUGAACAAUAUCACACACAUCGACGCUUGUUAGAGAAGAAGAGUGGAGCUAGCUUAACUUUUGAAAACUACCUUAACAUGCAGAGGAUGUGACCCAUUUUUAAAGUGCAAGACUAUAAACCAAGCUCAAAAACUGUUAUUAUCUAAUUCAUCCCUAAUUUCUUAAAGAUUCUGUAUUUAAAUGGUCGACGGGGAUCUUUAUGGGAAAAACAUGUUGAUUAGAUAAUAUUGUUUAGUUUUGCUGUUCCAAAAAAUUCAGGUAGCUAAACACAUGAGUCACUUCUUAUGUUUUGUUGACAAGAUCAGUUAUCAAUUAUUAAUCUCAGUGAACUAAUAAUUAUUUCAGUGUUCACUCUGAAGUACACUCAAUCAAAAAUCUGAUUAAUAACUGUAACUGGCCUAUUCAUUUAAAUUGUACCUUUUGGAUUGCUCUCAUUAUAAUUGGCUUCUAAUACCGGUGCCUUUGGUAGAAUCAUUGAUGACAACACCAAAACCUCACCUCUUCUCCGAUGCUGUUAUGUGUCAUGAACACAUCUAGCCAAAGUGGACAACAUUUAUAGAUCCUUUGCGGAUCUAUGUACAUGAAACAAAUAGAUAUUUCAAAUGAAAUAGUAUAUUAUGUGCAUGUUUUGGGAUUACAAACAUGGUCUUUUUGGACAAUUGUAUAUGCUCUGUAAAUAAUCUUUAUUUUAUGGUACACUGACCCUCAUUGUCUGUAAGUGGGUUGUUAGGGGAUUCUGCCUUUCAAGUCUUCUGCAAUCCGGUGUUUGUUUUAGUAUACAUAUAAUGUGUAUUUGAUUUUUUUUCCUCUUGUUGUAUGACAAUAGGUUUUUGUUCUUUUAUUUGAAGCUUAUAUUUGUAGAAAAUGUGAUCUCUAUAUAUCUAUUUUCAUGUUUCAAUGUUAACUGGUUAUAUCAGGAUGAAUUAACCAACGGCCUACUUCAUAACACAGUUUUGUCAUUAGUCUCAGAACCAAGGCAUUUUACUGUAGCUUAUUGGCCCCUGCUGACCAACACUGGGAUGAAAUGAAAGCUACAUGUAAGCAGUAUUGAUGUUGAAUGUGUUUUUUGAAAUGAUGCUGUAACGCAGGACAGAACACGAUAAUAAUUUGUUAGAAGAAUUCAUGGCUUUUCUGCUAUUUAUCACAUAUCACAUGCUUAUGUGGAACCACACACCUAUGUUAACGUGGAGCUGGAUACCAUGUUUGCCAGUUCUAAAGCUCUACCAGGACUUUCAUACACUGUUCUAGUUCAUACCUACUGUGGCUUAUAAUGUAUAUCCCCGCUGUCAUAGAAAAACCUUUUCAAACCCAGAUUUGGUGACAUGUUCUUUCCAUGACAUUACUUGAACUGAAGCUUUCCACGACCUGGUAAAGUAAGCAAGCUUCAAGACCGAAGGGUCCACACAGCCCCAGUACUCACUAUGAAUGUUCAAUAAUACAUUGUUCUCAAUUUGAAAAUUUGGCUCACUCUCUCUAAACUUCUUGAUGAAUGUUUGCAUGUAACUUCAUUAGCCUCCUGCCGUCUUAUUCUGCUCACUGGUAUUCCAUGCAACUGUUGCGUCUCUCCCUCAGGUUGGGUUUGGGAUGGGAUCUCCAUCUCAUUUUACAACCCUGUUGUAAUACGUAAUAUAUUACAACAAGGUUGUACCUUGUCUUUUUAAAUUGCUCAAAGAAGUAGAGAUGGCAGCUUUUUGACAGAAUGCUUCCAACACUACAUCUCUACCCCCUUUAGGAUCUCAGGUAUUCAGUCUGGAUGAAUUUUUCUUCCCACUUUUGGAUAACUUAAAAUCCCUUCACCUAUUGCAUGAUUGAGCCAAACUUUACAAUGCUGUUAUAUUGUGCUGGCCUAGAUGAGAAGUUGUCUUGUGGAUUUGUAAGAGCAGACAAGUUCCCAGCUAAUUUUAACAGUGUUUAGAAAGGAGUUGUGCAGAACCACCUGCCUUAUUUUUGUAUGGACCCUCAGCUGUGGAGAAGCACUUGUUCAAUGUUUCUGCUGUUUACAGUGUCUCCGCAUCCUGUGGAUCAGGCUGAACAUUCAGAUUUGUAAUUUUACCCAAACAAAGGGGAUGUUUUUGUAUCAGUGAUGCUGUUUCAUUAUGAUGAACAAUAAAAAUGUGAAAUAAAAA